GCGGAUCGCAACCCGGAGUCGGGAUCCGAGCCCGCUGUGCACAUUCCAGGGGCAGAGAGCAAGACGCCGUGGUGGGGACCGAGCCACCGAGCCCCUUUGCAUGGCCAGCGGAAGGUCGUGGCUGCCGGAGAAGACUGCUGGCAGCCCCCUGGACUGCUGUGACUGGGGGACAGGGCGGCCGUCCACAGCCUCUGCCCCCUGGGGUGGAAGCCAGCACCUGAGGUGUCCGCCAUGGCCGAGGAAGGCAGCGAGGAGAUCCUGUUUGUCUGGUGUGAGGACUGCAGCCAAUACCACGACUCCGAAUGUCCCGAGCUGGGCCCUGUGGUCAUGGUCAAGGACUCCUUUGUGCUCAGCAGAGCCAGGUCAUCCCUUCCCUCCAAUCUGGAGAUCCGGCGACUGGAGGACGGGGCAGAAGGCGUGUUUGCCGUGACACAGCUGGUGAAGAGGACGCAGUUCGGUCCCUUUGAGUCCAGGAGAGUUGCCAAGUGGGAGAAGGAGUCUGCAUUCCCGCUGAAGGUGUUCCAGAAGGACGGGCACCCCGUAUGCUUCGAUACGUCCAACGAGGACGACUGCAACUGGAUGAUGCUAGUGCGGCCAGCGGCAGGCGCCGAGCACCAGAACCUCACGGCCUACCAGCGCGGCUCCGACGUUUACUUCACCACACUGCGGGACAUCCCACCGGGCACCGAGCUGCGCGUGUGGUAUGCCGCCUUCUAUGCCAAGAAGAUGGACAAGCCCACGCUGAAGCAGGCCUGUGCCAGCGCCCCAGCUGCAGGCACCCCCGAGAACAGUGCCCCCACGGACUCGGAGCCCAGCCACUGGGGGUGCAAAGUGUGUGCGGCGGUCUUCACGGAGCUGCAGCUUCUGAAUGAGCAUUUGUUGGGUCACUUGGAACAAGCCAAGACUGUGCCUCCGGCCAGCCAGCACACAGCCUCCGCAGAGAAAGGGCCUGAGGGCCCCCCCGGGGAGCCGCCCCCUGCUCCCAAGGGCACUGGGAGCCCCAAGGAGCAGAAGAAGAAGCCUCGAAGGGGGAGAAAACCCAAAGGCUCAAAACCUGAGCAGCCGCUGGUCAUCGUGGAAGGCAAGGGGCCUGCAGAGCAAGUGGCCGAGAUCGUAACUGAGGUGCCCCCAGACGAGCCGGUGCCCGCCGCGCCCGACGAGCGGAUCAUGGAGCUGGUGUUGGGGAAGCUGACCACCACCACCACCACCGGUGACCCCAGCCCCGGGCCAAAGUUCCCCCAUCAUCCCGGCGGGCCCAUCGCCCUCAAGAGGAGCCUGAUCCUGUCGAGCCGCCACGGCAUCCGGAGGAAGCUGGUGCGGCAGCUGGGCGAGCACCGGCGCGUCUACCAGUGCAGCCUCUGCAGCAAGACCUUCCAGAACAGCAGCAACCUCAGCCGCCACGUGCGCUCCCACGGGGACAAGCUGUUCAAGUGCGAGGAGUGCGCCAAGCUGUUCAGCCGCAAGGAGAGCCUGAAGCAGCACGUGUCCUACAAGCACAGCCGGAACGAGGUGGAUAGCGAGUACCGGUACCGCUGCGGCACCUGUGAGAAGGCCUUCCGCAUGGAGAGUGCGCUCGAGUUCCACAACUGCCGCACCGACGACAAGACGUUCCAGUGUGAGCUGUGUUUCCGGUUCUUCUCCACCAACAGCAACCUGUCCAAGCACAGGAAGAAGCACGGCGACAAGAAGUUUGCGUGCGAGGUGUGCAGCAAGCUCUUCUACCGCAGGGACGUCUUGCUGGACCACAAGCGGCGCCACCUGGAAGGUGUGCGUCGGGUGAAGCGUGAGGACCUGGAGCCCAGCGGUGAGAGCCUGGUGCGCUACCGGAAGGAGCCCUCGGGCUGCCCUGUGUGCGGCAAGGUGUUCUCCUGCCGCAGCAACAUGAACAAACACCUGCUCACGCACGGGGACAAGAAGUACACCUGCGAGAUCUGCGGCCGCAAGUUCUUCCGCGUGGACGUGCUCCGGGACCACAUCCACGUGCACUUCAAGGACAUCGCGCUCAUGGACGAUCACCAGCGGGAGGAGUUCAUCGGCAAGAUCGGCAUCUCCUCGGAGGAGAACGGUGACGACUCGGACGGCAGCGCCGACUCAGAGCCGCACAAGUACAGCUGCAAGAGGUGCCAGCUCACCUUCGGCCGGGGGAAGGAGUACCUCAAGCACAUCAUGGACGUGCACAAGGAGAAGGGCUACGGCUGCAGCAUCUGCCACCGUCGCUUCGCGCUCAAGGCCACCUACCACGCGCACAUGGUCAUCCACCGGGAGAACCUGCCUGACCCCAACGUGCAGAAGUACAUCCACCCCUGUGAGAUCUGUGGGCGCAUCUUCAAUAGCAUCGGGAACUUGGAGCGGCACAAGCUCAUCCACACGGGGGUGAAGAGCCACGCGUGCGAGCAGUGCGGCAAGUCGUUCGCCAGGAAGGACAUGCUGAAGGAGCACAUGCGUGUGCACGACGACCUCCGCGAGUACCUGUGCGCGGAGUGCGGGAAAGGCAUGAAGACCAAGCACGCGCUGCGCCACCAUAUGAAGCUGCACAAGGGCAUCAAGGAGUACGAGUGCAAGGAGUGCCACCGCAAAUUCGCGCAGAAGGUCAACAUGCUGAAGCACUACAAGCGGCAUACGGGGAUCAAGGACUUCAUGUGUGAACUGUGCGGGAAGACGUUCAGCGAGAGGAGCACCAUGGAGACGCACAAACUCAUCCACACGGUGGGCAAGCAGUGGACGUGUUCCGUGUGUGACAAGAAGUACGUGACCGAGUACAUGCUGCAGAAGCACGUGCAGCUGACGCACGACAAGGUGGAGGCCCAGAGCUGCCAGCUGUGUGGGACCAAAGUGUCCACGCGCGCCUCCAUGAGCCGCCACAUGCGGCGCAAGCACCCCGAGGUGCUGGCCGUGAGGAUCGACGACCUGGACCAGCUCCCGGAGACCACCACCAUCGACGCCUCCUCCAUCGGCAUCGCACAGCCCGAGCUGAGCACGGAGCCUGAGGAGCCAGCCGAGGGCAAGCAGGCCAAGGCACGGCGCACCCACCGGCGCAAGCAGAAGCCCGAGGAGGAGGCUGCGGCGGCGCCAGGGCCCGAGGACCCGCCCUUCAGCGACUUCUCGGACAAGGAAGCGCCGUUCACAGGCAGCGUUGGGGAUGAGACAGACUCAGCCGUGCAGAGCAUCCAGCAGGUGGUGGUCACUCUGGGUGACCCGAGCGUGACCACGCCCUCCAGCUCGGUGGGCCUGACCAACAUCACCGUCACGCCCAUCACCACGGCCACCGCGGGGACGCAGUUCACCAACCUGCAACCCGUGGCCGUUGGGCACCUGGCGGCCCCCGAGCGGCAGCUGCAGCUGGACAACUCCAUCCUGACUGUCACCUUCGACACGGUCAGCGGCGCCGCCAUGCUGCACAACCGACAGAACGACGUGCCACUGCACGCGCAGCCCGAGGCCUCCAACCCGCAGUCGGUGGCGCACUUCAUCAACCUUACCACGCUGGUCAACUCCAUCUCGCCGCUGGGCAGCCAGCUGGCCGAGCAGCACCCGCUGGCCUGGCGCCCCGCGCCGCAGACAGACGUCUUGCCGCCGCCGCCACCGCAGGCGCCCCCGCCGCAGCCCGCCGCACCCCAGGUGCCGGCCGAGCCGCAGCCGCAGAUGUACAGCUACUGACA